AUGCCGGAAAGAAUUAUGUGGUUAAGGCAGGAAUAUAAACCCGAGAAACAGCGCUUUGAAAAGCCAUUUGAACUGGAGAUCGACGAUGAUCAUGACGCUCGUAGAGUUGAUGGCAAAAAUCAAGGGUUUUCAAAAAAAUUGACCCUGAAACUCGAGCAAAGUUAUGCAGCUUUAGGGACAACGGUUUGGGACGGAAGCAUUGCUCUUGCUAAGAUGUUCGACAGUCGAGAAAUCUUUCCUGUAAAUUACCUUCAGAAAUGCAAGGUCCUUGAAUUGGGCGCUGGUUGUGGUCUGGUUGGAAUUUAUCUUUGUUUGUUGGGUGUUAAGAUGUCGGUACUAACAGAUCAGCAGUGUUGUAUUGAAACUCUUGAACACAACGUGGCUACGAAUAUCUCUGAAGUGUGCCGCAGUAAGAUCAAGGUCAUGGAAUAUUCUUGGGGUAACAGCACAUCGGAAUUGACAGUUGAUGGCUUGUUUGAUUUAGUGUUAGCUGCAGAAGUUCUUUACUCGCCAACAGACUCAAAGUUAUUAGCUCAAUGUAUUCCAAGGUUAACCCACAAGAAGUCAAAGAUUUUCAUAUCAAUGGGAAGGAAUCGUGGCGGAGAAAAAGUUUUUGUCAAGACAAUGAGCGAACAAGGAUAUCUUUGUGAGGAAGUAAGAAAUAUAGAGAAUGGUUGGUAGUUUGGAGCUAACCCCCCCCACCCCCCCCCCCCCCCCCCCCCCCCCCCCCCCCCCCCCCCCCCCCUCCCCCCACACCGCAGCGGCCCCAGAGGAAACACCAAUCCCACCCCUCUCCCAUACCUCCAACAAACCACACCCACACACAAACAAAAAAUUUUACCCCCCAAAGAAAUAAAAUUUAUACGCUCAAUGUUUCCCAGGGUUACCCCAAAAAAGAAAAAAAUUUUUAAUAAAAAUGGGAGGGAAGGGGGGGGAAAAAAAAUUUUUUUAAAAAAAAAGGGGAAAAAAGGUAUUUUUUUUGGGGGAAAAAAAAAAAAAGAAAAGGGGUGGUGUGUUCGGGCGCACCCCCCCCCCCCCCCCCCCCGCCCCCGGUUCCCUUGCUCUUGCUCAACUGAUGAAAAUGAGCCGGGGGAGAAGCAACAGUGCUGAAUUUAAGCCUUUAACUCCCACAUGUGACCUAAACCAUCUUUGAACAAAAAAAGUCAGAAUUUCAUUUCGUAAGAUGAACAAGAACAGUGAAAGUGUGCAAAAGUGGUGCUGAGGGAUUUCACCAAAAUUUAAUCAUUCACAGUUUAGUUCCAGAAAAUCUUCAUACUUCUUCCCCCGAAAGGAAAAUGGAAAUUCCUUGGGUGAAGGAGUGGGUCUCAAGAACUAAACAAGUUAAUGAAAUUUAUAACCCUUAACUGGAAUUUCCAGAGGGUGGGGGGUCUCAGAAAAAAUCUCUCAGAAGAGGUAUGGAUAUUUUCUAGUACAACACAGAAUAUGGAAAGAAUCUCUUUUGCAAUUUCAUAUACAUCUUUAUUAUUAUUUACCCAUCUUAAAAAUAUGGUUUUUGCAGGUCCCUAGGAGUCAACUUCAUCCAAAAUACCAGGAUGACAUCAUUAAGAUUCUUAAACUUUGUCUCGAAAGUUGA